CUGAGCAGAACGCAAAAUGCUAAAACUUUGUUUGCUGCUGUGUUGCGCGUGGCACUUGGCGCUGGCCAAUGUGGCACGUCCUUAUGCGAGCAACUAUACCACUGAUAUACUGCGUCUGUCCAAGGCAGCGGCUAUGAAGGCUUAUCUAGGCGAUGGCGAGCAGCGUCCCUGCAAUAAUUUCUACAAGUUUGCAUGCGGCAAUUGGCCGCGUUUGCAUCCAGCGAAGCUGAACAGUCGCAAGACCAACUAUCUGGAGGAGCUGCAGGAGCUGUUUGUGCUCAAGAGCGCGUACAUGCUGCAGCAUGCGACGCGUAGUGUGGACACAAGCGCUGAUCGCACGCUCAAGAGUUUCUACAGCACGUGCUUGGAGCAGGCGAAUAAUACGCGUGAGGCGUUGAAAACGCUAAUGGAGGUUACCGAUUUUCGCGGCGGCUGGCCAGAGAUACGCGUGCCGUCUUGGUAUAACUACGAAUACGAUUGGCUGCAGCUUAUAGCCAAGCUAAAGCGUCAGCUGGGCGUUGAUAUAUUGAUCGGCUUGGAUGUUGUGCUGGACUACAAGGAGGAGAAUCAGCAUCGCUUAAAGCUGGGCGCACCGCAGCUGCCGCUGGGACAACGUCGUCAUUAUCUUGAUGCAGCUCAUCAUGAUGCACGCGAGCGCUACGAGCAGCGCAUAGUGGAAAAGCUGACGCGCUACUUUCCCGAGCAGUCAGCGCAAUGGCGCAGCGAGCUGGCCGCACAGGUUUUAAGCAUUGAGCAGCAGCUGGCGCGUGGCUUGCCACACAAUGCGGCACUGCCAAUGGAGCAAACCACAAGAACACGCACAGCAGCUGAGCUAAAGAAUGCAUAUGGCAGCUAUAUCGACAUUACGCGCUAUUUGCAUUAUAUAUACAACGAUACGCUCAUUAUAGAUAUAUAUGAAACGCCUGAGGACUAUUUGUAUAAUCUGGUGGAUGUUAUCAAAAGCACGCCCAAGCUGCAAUUGGCCAACUACACCAUGUGGCGUGUGCUGGACACACUCGAUGAAGCGCGCGUGCCUUGGACUAUGCAGCAAGGACACUGGUGCGUGCAGCUUGUGCGCAAGUAUUUCCCCCUGCAGCUGGAGAGCUUGUUCCAGCGCAACUACAACAACAUGCAAAUGGUCAACGAGCUGCAGUCCACCUGGGCGGACAUUAAGCGCGUGUUCCGUGAGGAUUUGCAGGCUUCAACUGAGCUGCAUUGGCUUACGCUCGAUACGCGUCAACGCGCCAUAAACAAGCUCGAGUCCAUGGACUUGCAAAUGCGCAAUCAUGACGAUGCGGAGCUUAUCAGAGAGCUGCAUGGACUGCAUUUGCGGCGUGAUCAGUUCUAUUGGAAUCUGGUGCAGGUGCUGCAAUGGCGCACGGAGCGACAUCUGCGCAAGCUGCUUACAGAGCCCAAGGCCACAGAUAAGCUGUACAAGCUGCCGCACUAUGAGCUCAGCAGCAACAAGAUACACAUACCCAUCACCUUUAUGCAGGCGAGAUUCUUCUGGGAUGCCGCCUAUCCCACUGCACUGAAGUACGGCACGCUGGGCGUGCUGCUGGCGCGUCAAAUGCUGCAUGGCUUUGAUGAUGUGGGACGUCGCCACGAUGCGCAUGGCUAUCGCAACAAUAUGUGGGACUUGAGUUCGGAAACUUCCUAUGCCAGACGCACGCAGUGCUUCCAUGAGCAGUACGCUGUGUUUGUUGAGCACCAGCACAAGCCUGUGCGUGAUAAGGACCUAAUGCGUCGCAUUGUGGCCGACAAUGGAGCACUGAACAUUGCCUAUCGCGCUUAUGUUAAAUGGCUUAAGAACUCUGCGGAGUCUGCAUCGCUUUAUCAGCGCGAAAGUUUGCCCAUUUUGGAGCAUAACCAUAAUCAGCUUUUCUACUUGGCCUAUGCUCAGUUGUACUGCUCCGACUAUCCCGAGCAGCUGGAGGUGUUUGAGGAGCUGCCCGAGCAGCUGCGUGUCAACACUGCGUUGUCCAAUGCGCAGUCCUUUGCCAAUGCCUUUGACUGCUCCAGAGGCGACAAGCUCAACGCUCGCUUCAAGUGCGUGGUCUUCUAAUCGAAAUGCAUUCACUACAUUUUUUAUAAUCUACGCACACACACUCACUAAUAUAUUGCGCUAAUUGCAUUGGGUAAUCGAGCAUUUAUCUAUAGCCUAAAAAUAGCUGAACCCAACUUGACUUUAUUCAAUUUGUCAAUUAAGCAAAUAAAUGCAGCUAAAGUGCACAACACGCUUUGCUACCAAACUAAAAACAACUUUAUUAAAUUUUUUCUAUUAAACAUUGUUGCAAAUAU